AUGCAAGACGUUGGAGAAGCGUCAAAUCUCGGGUUAAAUUACAACGAAUCAAAGUACUACUUCUUGGAGAUCAACAAGGAAAUUGCCAAACUUGCCGCACUGACAUUGAGAAAACAACCAAAAGGUAUUUGGACCAGAGUGAAACAAAUUUCGCUCAUUCCCACCUACAUGUCAGGAGUAUUCUUUGCACAUGACGACAGCAUGGUGUGUUUGAUGAAGAAGUUGAUUGGAAAACAACAGUGUGUUUUGGAAAAGAUGUCUUCUGUAGACUCUGUUAAGGAAGUUGCCAAGCACGAAUUUGUGAAAGAGAAGGUGGAAAUGAGACUGAAGUCAAUUUCUAUGUUGCUGCCAACUAACAGAUGUAUGAGCCCAAGACACAAUUUGGAAAUAAAAUAG